UUGUAUCGCCUAAGAGCUCUCGAAAACCUUAAGUCACGGUAAGAGAUUCCGUCGAAACGUGCAGGAGGUCUGGUAACAACAGCCGUAAUAUUCGCGAUCCAAGCUGUAACACUGUUGCGUGAGUGGCUAUUAGUUUUUACUAUACUGUCAUGGCGGUGUUGUCUCCCAAUCUCAUACGCGGUUUGGUUUCCACCCUGCAAGCACUUUUGGCGUUGGCAAUGAUAACAGCAGGAGUCUUUGAUCGAGUAAAAAUGGACUCUAAUGUCAGCCGUAUUGUUAUGCCAAUUUGGACGGGAUUUUUGUUGCUGGUUUCUGCAGCAGUUGGCGUUGUGAUGGUGAAUAAAACAGACAGCCCAUAUUUUUUUAGCAUGGUUGCUACAUACAGAGCAAUGAAUAUAUUCUGUUCCAUCUUAUGUAGCCUCAUAGCCUACUGGUAUGGAUGGUUAUUCAUCAAUGUCCUUUCUUAUGAGACUGAUGAGACUGCAAUUGUAGGCACUAUUUUUGUGUUGGCAAUGACUGAAAUUUUCCUCUCUAUUUUUGGAACAAUGGCCUCAAUGGAAAGAAACCCUUAUUCACAGCUUGUCAAUGCCCCAGUAGAGGAAUCAACUGACAGAGAGAUGACAAUCCCUUUGCCUUUAGUGCAAGUUCAAGGAAGUAAUUUUGUGACAAGUGGUCCUGUUCAGGGAGGUAUUCAGGCCCCAACUGGCGCACCAACCUACCAAGCUGCACCACGAGAUGACUCGCCUGUGAUGGUGCCCCAAGGGUACAUGGGCCAUUUAGUGAUGGUACCCGCCGAAAACAUGCAGAAAAUGUCCCACACAUCGGGAACAGCCCAAAUGUAUGUUCCAGUUCCCUCUCAAAUGCCCUAUCAAACCACCCCUUCGAGUUCUCCCCUUCUCAUUGGAGAUCUAUAGGUAUUCAUCAGUUCAGUCUGAUUUGUUGUCAUCAUACUUUCAUGAAACCCCUAGCUGGCGACUUCUUAGAUGUUAGUGGUAAAUUUUAUGGCAAUUUUUGCUUUCAUUUCUCCUUCCUUGAUCAGUUUGAGAGAGAGAUAAAGAGAGAAAGAGGUAAUUCUGUAAUUCACGGGGGUGCAGUUAAACUGAGGGUCAAGAAUAUCACACCUAGGGUACUUGCCCAACUUUUUAUGUCGACAUUUAGGCUGUGUUUCACUCAGUGACAUUUUUCCGAAUGAGCUCUGAGUGAUGCUCAGUAACUAGGUAAUGUCGGGUAGAUUGUUCGGAUUUGCGCCCAUACCCCAUUAGGGCCCAGUUGUUCGAAGGCCGAGUGGCGCUAACCUAAGGUGAAAUUUUAUUCUAGGUUUCUCCAUUCCUAUGUUCAGAAGCCCCUUUUUGAAUAAUUUGUGGAUCAAUAUCAGUAUCUGGGCAACUGCCCACCUACCCCUCCCCUAACCCAACAUUAACCUUAACUUGUUAUCAAUUGACUAUUAUUGAGUUAGGGGAGGGGCAGGUGGGCAGUUGCCCAGAUACUGAUAUUGAUCCUAAUUUUUUCUAUACUUUAGAGCACCCAAUAAAAUCAUAAAAUCGUAGACAAAAAAACAUUUUACUGCAUUUUCUUUUAAAGCUUUCUGAAAUCUGAAAUCACAUUUCGCACUAACCUUGGGUUAUUAUUAGAUGUUGAAUAAAAAAAAAGAAUUCACAGGACGUGAAAUUAAUUUGUUUUUCUGAUAGCCACUUGGCUCCUAAAUUCUUCAAAGUGGUAGCCAAUAGGCCAUUUUACAGUUCUGUACUUAGUUGCCAAACCUUUGAUUUGGAGUGAGGCUGAAAGUGACCUUGUUGUGAUAGAGACCAGUAUCUAGUUAGCAUGAUAACAAAGUAAUUUGCAUUUGAAAAGCAACAAGGUUUGUAUCAUAACAAGGUCAACCUUAGCCUCACUCCUGUUCAAAGGCUUGGCAACUAAGCACACAACUGUAAAAUGGACUAUUCAAAAAAAAAUUGGUCGCCAUUUUCAAAGACAAACAAAACCUUUUUUUACGAUGUCAGCGUUCUAGAUAGACCCUCCAAAAUUAAGGUAGGGAAAAGAUCUUUAACGCGCUACAAAGUGGACACUAGGAUGGAUGAUAUACAACCUUUAAGCUCACCUAAUUCCAAGAUGGUGCCUAAUUAUCGAUCGAGAUGCUUGUGCUGUGUUAUGGAAACAAACUUAACAAGGAAGUUUGCCGCGGAUUUAUCUUUGCAAAUCUUUUUAAUUCACUGAAUCUCUUGGUACGGUUAUGAUGAAACAUUGUAGUCGCCAAUAUGGCGACUAAUUUUCAGGAUGUGAUCGCCAAAGUGAAAAAUUUAGUCCCAUUGGCGCCUGUAUUAGACGCAAUUUCACGCCCUGAGUCAUAUCACAGAGCGAGUUCUGGCUGAGAGAACCUUUUUUAUGUAACAGCCUUAAAUAAUCACAAAU